AUGGACAGUAACAUCCCCUUUAGGAUCAUUAUGGUCAACAUGCAAAAUCUCGGCUCUAAAAUCAUGAUCAUGUCUCUCUGCAUUUUACACGUCUUAACACUUUGUGAAGGGGGCCCUAUGAGAAAAAGGACGGUGAGUGAAGUCCAGUUCAUGCACAAUCUUGGGGAGCACCGGCAGCUGCAGGAGCGUCGGGAUUGGCUGCAGAUGAGGCUCCGUGGCAUCCACAGCGCCCCCAGCCGGAGCAGCAGCGGGGAGGCAGGCCGACUCAGGAGGAGACCUCGUCCCGAAGAGCUGGCCGACCUGAGCGACUUGACACCUGAGGAGUUCCAGUACGCUAUAAAGAUUUUAGAAAAACUCCUCAAGUCAAAGCACCCGUGA